GGCCACGCGAGAAGCACGCGAUGUUCCAGUUUCCGAAACUAAUAGCCGGCAAUUCAUUGGCCACGGAUUCAGCUUCUCUCAGUCCGGAUCGCCCGCCUUCUCAUGAUUCCAUGAGUAAUCGAUGCCAAUAUGACGAGCAUACUCUUCUCAAAAGCCCGCCAAGUAGAUUUCUUCCCUUCCCAUCGCUAUGUCUGGUCUCGACACGAAUCAAUACGACUCUUCCAACCUACAAGGAGCUUACGCUUGGACGGACACCCUCCGAGGGAUACAUUUUGGUCCUGGUUCCACCAACAAAGCCUUAGCCAAGCUCUUCGAAAAGCUCGGCGGAUCCAAAGCGUUACUGGUCACCGGGAAAAGUUUGCACGAUAAGACUGAUGUAGUCAAGAAAGUUGAAGCAAUUCUCAAAUCCAUGAAUGCCUACGGUGGUACUUUCUAUGAGAUCGGCGAGCAUUCUCCCAUUGCCGGUAUCAGAAAUGGAUUGAAGAUGUUUCGAGAAAACGGGUGUGAUAUCGUCGUGGCAGUAGGAGGAGGCUCACCUGUGGAUGCUUCCAAGGCUAUCUUGUAUUUCAAUCAUAAAGACCACGGAGUCGCAAUACUCCCCCAGAUAGCUAUUCCUACGACUCUCAGUGCUGCAGAGUACACGAUAGGUGCAGGAUACACGGAUGACGAGGGUCAAAAAGUCGCUGUCAGCGACCCAAGACUAGCUCCAGCAGGCAUCAUUUUGGACGCGGAAUUAACUCUUGCAACGCCUGAGAGGUUAUGGUUGUCAACUGGCAUCCGUGCCCUUGACCAUGCAGUUGAAAACCUUUACAGGCCUCUUAUCCCACCUCCCUUGAAACAUCUGUGCUACACAGCCAUCGUCGAUCUUUUCAGGUAUCUACCAGAGUCUAAAGCCAAUCCGCAGGCGGUCGACGUACGACAAAAGUUGCAGCUUGCGUCAUGGAUGAGUCUAUGGCCAAUCAAGCUGGAGAAAUAUAGCGCUCUAGGGCUCUCGCACGCUAUGGGACAUAAAUUAGGCGCGAGAUACAGUAUUCCACAUGGCAUAACUUCAUGUUUGACGCUCGCACCUGUUGUAAGGCUCAAGGCCGAAGUAGCGUCACAGGAGGACAAGGAGUGGCUGGCAGGCGCUUUGUUCCAUCUGCGAAAGGCUUCGACCGGAUCGCUUGAGGGUGAUGUUGUGUUGCUCAGUAAACUGAUCGACGAGUUGGUGGAAAAUCUUGGGCUCAGAUCCACACUCUCUCAAUACAAAGUACCCAAGGAAGAUUUAGCUGACCUCACAACGAAAUCAGUAGGCCGUGAAGAUGACCCGACCUGGGGGAGGGUGCUCAAGAUUUUUGAGAGUUUAUAUUGAGAGAGGACUGAAACGUUGCGCAUCUGAUCAUGUUGUAUUUGGAAUUCCGAAGGAAAAUAUUGGUUGGCGUUUGAAAGCCAAGAAUCCAUCGUCCAGUCUUUUCAAGUCCUCCACAACCCAUUUCCAUUUCCACUUGAUUUAGCCACCGAAGCAACACAGCUUAUCACAUAUUUAAUCAGAAUGGGUGACCUAUUAGCCUUUUUGAUCCUUGCCUUCGCCCGCCU